AUGGGUCGUCUUCACAGCAAGGGAAAGGGUAUCAGCUCUUCUGCUACCCCCUACAGCCGCACUCCCCCCUCGUGGUUGAAGACCACUCCCGACCAGGUCGUUGAGCAGAUCUGCCGUCUCGCCAAGCGUGGUGCCACCCCCUCCCAGAUCGGUGUCAUCCUCCGUGACUCCCACGGUAUUGCCCAGGUCCGCUUCGUUACUGGUAACAAGAUCCUGCGCAUCCUCAAGUCCAACGGUCUCGCUCCUGAGCUCCCUGAGGAUCUGUACAUGUUGAUCAAGAAGGCUGUCGCUGUCCGCAAGCACCUUGAGCGCAACCGCAAGGACAAGGACUCCAAGUUCCGUCUCAUUCUCAUUGAGUCCCGUAUCCACCGUCUUGCCCGCUACUACAAGACCGUCGGUGUCCUUCCUCCUACCUGGAAGUACGAGUCCGCCACCGCCAGCACCAUUGUUGCUUAA